AUGGUGGCCGCGCGGGCCGCGUCUCCAGCCGUCGUGGUCGAGGGCGGGCAGACACUAGCAGUGGCUGCGGAUGCUGCGCCGCCACUUGCGAUUUGCCCUUAUGACCACGCAACGGACUACAAAGAGGUCGUCCGCAUUUGCAAGGGAGUCU